AACAGGGCAGACGCUGAGGUCUUAAUGGCAAUGGGUUAAUACUCAGGACUAAACUAUUAAAACCCUUCUUCCGCUUCAUAUCCAGUACACACUGAGAGAAGCAUCAUUCGGUAUCAUUUCAUUUAUGCAUGUAACAGUUCAGCUGUUACAGAAGUUUUUUGUAACACUUUUCUUGUAUCUAGUUUUCAUUUGGGGUUUAUACAUUUUUUUCAGUUAUUUUUUUGAUGGUAGCUGCUGGAAUGGAUUCAAAAUCUAAACCCUCUGAUGCUGUGCUGGAAUCCCCAGACCUAGAUCAGAUUCUGGACAUAAUGAGUUACUCACAGCGUGGACGAAUGGACGGACAGUGUUGCACUCUAAGUCCUGCUAAAAUAGAGACUACAUCUGCAGGGUCAAAAGAUGAGAGAUCAUCCCAUACUUCAGAUAAUAAACAGGGACAGUAUCUCAACUCGCAUUUAUCGUUGCCUGGAUUUAAUUACCAAGAAAGUGGACGUAAUGAUCAUCAUUUCUCUGCACCUCAUAUCUCUGUGACUGAGAGUACUCCAGAUAGAAACAGGAAGCAUCUGUCAGUUCCAGUUGACCAAUUACAGGUUCCUUCUCAACGUGAACGCUCAAAUUCUAUAAAGUCAGAAUCACCUGCUGAACAGCUAAAGUUCAUGGAGAUGAUUACCUAUGGCCAGCGUGGACGCAUGGAGGACCAGUGCUGCUCAUUGGAUCCUAGCAAGAGUGCUCCUUGCACACCCAGAUACACAGAGAAAAAAACUGUUGCAAUGUCAGAUCCUGAAAUGUUCUUCGAUCUGUUGGCCGACACUCAGAGCCAACGGCUCGAUGACCAGCGAGUGUCGCUUCCAUCAUUACCAGGAUUACAAAAUGAAAAGGACACUUCUAUGGGAGAUUCAAGCUACUUGUGUUACAUGGUCUCUAAAGUUCAAGGCUCCAGAAUGGAUGAUCAAAGGUGUUCAUUACCUCAAAUCCUACCCCCAGAGACACCGUGUUCAUCAAACAAGGAACAGUCUGAAUCUGGUUUAAACCCAUUACGCUCAGCCUCCUUCAGCUCCAGUUCAGACAUAAAACAACUAAAAAGUGAGGAUAAAAAUCCUCAAAAACAGUUCUUGACUCCAGCUGAACAGGAAGAUCUUUUUACCUUAAUUAGUAAUUCCCACCAUGGCCGAAUGGAUGAACAGCGAUGUGUCCUAAAUGCUACACCCCAGUCCACACCUAAGCGCCAUUUCAGUCAAAGUGAAAUCCCCCAAGAUUCUGAUAAUUUCUUCAGCUUGCUGGCCAGCUCACAGGGCCGACGGCUGGACGACCAGAGAGUGUCCCUUCCUUCAUUACCUGGAAUACAGAAUGGAGGUACCACAUUAACACCCACUGCUGCUGAGACGGAUGCAAGCUACUUGUGUUAUCUGGUUUCCAAAGUCCAGGGCUCAAGGAUGGAUGAACAGAGAUGUUCUGCACCCCACAUCUUCCAGAAUCUGGGUACCCCAUCAGCUCAGCGCAAAAAUAAUCUUACAUCAGGCACAUCUGAUAAACCUCUGUGGAGGUCUGCCUCGUUAAACCGUGACAAAACUGAACAGCGUGGGCAGGUCAAUGGAAUAUCCGCAGCUGAGCAGGAGCAGUUCCUUAAAAUGAUAAGUCGCAUACAAAGUGGACGCAUGGAAGAGCAACGCUGCUUUUUACAACCCAGCAGAAGCACACCUUCCUCACCUACACACAAUGGCAGUGCUUUGAAUAAAGUACCUAUAGGCGCAGAAGCAGAGGCGUUCUUCAAAAUCAUCACCUCCAGUCAGUCGCGACGACUAGAUGAUCAGCGCGUUGCACUUCCUACCUUGCCAGGGAUAAGUGGAAAUUCUGAAGGAAAAGUAGACAUACAACGACAUACAACGGCUGAAAUCCCAGCCUCUCCACUACCACAGAUCACAGUGGCUAAAUGUACACCUACAACUUCAAAAAAGAACUGUUCUACACCAGCCUCACAACCUCAAAUGGCAUAUGGAAAGCCUGGUUCCACUGAGGCCUUACCCAAAUCUGCUUCACUUAUUCCCAAGGGAGAAUUUAAGAAGAAGUCUAAUUUCCCAGCUAAGGUAACAGUGAGUGUAUCUGUGAGCUUCACACCUCAGGAGAAGAAUGCCAAUGAGCCAGAUGCAUUUCCAGAUGUCUAUCUAACUCUUGGAGCCCCAGGGGACAACCUUGUGAUACCUCUGAGUCCAGUAUGUGGCAGGCCCUUGUCCUUUGACUUAAACCUUGUUAUGAAUGAAGAUGUUAAGUUCAGGCAUCGCUCUCCAAGCCAUUCCAGUCCCAGAAAAAACAACUCCAGGCCACCAUCUCCCAACAAAGGUGCAACUGGUAAAGCACAUCCUACAUGCUCACAUGAACAGGGGAAGCUUGUGACCAGCCACAUCAGUGCAGAUGUAAACUCCUUCUCCCUGACUGAAAAGACUCAGCUGGAGAAAGGAAUGGCUCAAGAAGGACAAAAGGGGAAAGGAGAACUUGGAAAGGUGAGGGAAAAGGCACAGCAUGGAAAAGGAAAGGGCGCUGUAAAGAAAGACAUGAAGAAGAGUGGCAAAUAAUGUACUUGUAAAUUAUGGGAUUUAAAUGUGAAAAAAAUAUGUAGCAAAUUUUUUUAUUUGUAUUGUUAAAAGCUCUUAUUAGAAAUUAUGUUGAUUCUGCUUUAUAGGGUCAUUUGAAGGAUAGUCCUUUGCUUGCUAAAUUUACAGUACAUAUUGUGUCUAUUAUGUUUUGAGCUUUGCAAAUUUUCUAAAUGUAAAUACACUGUAAGGAAUUCUAUUCUUUCUGUCAAUUAUAAUUGUAAUCUUGAAUUAAAACCUUUGGUCUGUUAAACUCUGUGAAGAUGUGACAAAAACCAAAACAAACGUGAUAAAAAAAAAAAAACCCCAACAACAAUAAAUGGGGAAUCAUUUCCUUUGGUCAGACUGAAUUCUGAACUUUAACAUCUGCAUUUAGCAUUGGAGCACAUGGGUCGUCUACUCCACCCACUGAGCUGAAAACAUGACCAUAUGAAGUGGAACAUGCUAAGCAAUAAAAAGACAACAUAAUACUUUGGAAAUUUUCACCAUUUAUUGAAGAUUUACAGAGAAAGUUGUUCAUAUUGUAUGAACUCUUAAAUGCUGCAACUGGAUUGCAUUUCCUAUUCAGCAGAGUCACUUCCCUGAAAGCAAGAGAGAGAUACAGACCAUAGAGUUAAUGCUUAUAGGGAUAUAUUGCAGUAGAAAUGCAAUAGCAAAAAGUAUUGCAACGUUGUUAUGGUAGGAUACUUUUUUUUUUAUAUUGGAUGGAUAUAUUGGAUGUAUUAUCAGUAAUAAAACAGAAGAGUGUCCUGCAAAUUGGCAUUCACUUGACAUUAACUAAUGUACUUUUCAAAUUAGAAUGUAAAAAUCAUGACUCCAAAAGUUGAUUCUGUUCAUCUGGACGUAGCGUUUUCAGUGGGAGAAAACAUGACAUUCAGUUUAAAAAUAUGUAUGUGGUUAAGAUAUAAUACUGUCAAAGAAAAUAAAAUACCACCUUU